GGUCCGGCGCGGGAGUCUCGCUUUCCAAGGCUUCUGCAGAGCCACCGCGGCCGCUGUCACACACCUGCCUGGCAGAUGGAGAACUGAUGCCGUGAAGCCCCCAGGUGGUCUGGCUCUGGAGCCCAGACUCUAAGAACCCUGUGGCCCCAGAGGCUGCUCAGUCUGUAACCUGAUAGAAUCACCAGGCGGCUGACUUCUCUUAUUUUUGGCUACAUUAUCUACAGAGGCAGUACUCAUGGCUGGUCCUCUGUGGAGGGCCGCGGCCUUUAUACAGAGACACAGGUCGGGCCUGUUGGUGGGUUCCUGUGCGGGCCUGUUUGGGGUUCAAAUCUCAUUUCACCUCUUCUCAGAUCCCAUAGUCCGGUGGCUCUACCAGUACUGGCCUCAGGGCCAGCCGGCUCCUCUUUCCCCUCAGCUCCAGAGCCUCUUCCAGGAGGUGCUACAGGACAUGGGUGUCCCCUCGGGUCACUGCUUCAAGCCUUUCACUGCCUUCACUUUCCAGCCCGUGAGCGCUGGCUUCCCAAGAUUUCCUACUGGGGCCAUGGUGGGAAUCCCUGCCACCUUCCUGGAUGGCUGUGUGACCGCCAUCGACCAUACUGUGAUCAUACAUGGACAAAGAGUGGAUUGGCAGAGCCCAGCAGGCACCAGGCUGAGAGACGCACUGACCCUGUCUCAUAAUGCUCAGAAGUUUGCCUUAGCCAAAGAGGUGGUAUACCUGGAGAGCAAUGCAGCUGCCCUGCAGAGCCUGCCAGCCCCGACUUGCCUUGCAGGAACCUGGGUACUAAGUGUGGGUGUCAAGCAUGCCCUGGGGCUCUAUAGAGGCCCCAUGAGCCUUCGAGCUGCCUUCAGCUUGGUGGCAAUAGUGGCAAGCUUUGUGGCCUACACCUUUUCCAAGGACUCCCUCACUGUCGCCCUGGAAGGCUGGCUGGACCGCCGCACAGCCUCUCUGUCUGCAGCCUACGCCCAGGGUGGAGUGGAAUUCUAUGAGAAGAUCCUGUCGGGCAACCUGGCCCUCCGAAGUCUCUUGGGCAGACAAGGGGAGAAGCUGUACACACCAAGUGGAAACAUCGUUCCCAGACACUGGUUUCGCAUUAAACAUUUACCCUACACCACCCGCCGGGACUGUCUACUACAGAUGUGGAGGGGGACACUCAACCCAGGGCGCUCCUGAGAAGCCAGUCAACAGGGCACCCCUGGUUCACAUAGGCACCACCCUGUGAUGAAUUCUGGGGGAGUCUCUUGAUAUGGUCGCCUCCACAGCCCAAGGUCAGAACAGUGACCAUCUUUGGAGUUAAAGAGCUCAAUUCUGCCUUCACCAUGAAUGAACGUGGUGUCUGUGGGGUGAGUCCCUAAAUGAAUCUGAGCCAUGUUUACCUCAACUGGGAAGUGGGAAGUGUUGGAUUGCAUGAGAUUGUGGACCUGAGGGGCUGGUGGCAGAGAGAGAGAGCAGCGUAAAUAAAUGGGGUGCUCAUCCUUCUCGGUCUCUGAAUUCCAUGGAAGUCGCCCAUGAGUGUCCACCAGAGAUGCUUCUGGUCUAUCAACUGUCUCCCACAGUGAAGAACCACCCCACUCUACUUGAUGUCAGAUAACUAACUUAUUCCUCACGUUUAACCCUUGGACAGGAGACCCCUGCAGGGCGGGAUGAGAGCUGCGGUCAGGGAGCCAGGCCUAAGUUCCCCAUUUAUGUUACCUUCUCCCUGGAAAUCGCAUCUUCCCUGGGGCAUUCCUGAAGGCUGUGGGCCUAGGACCAGUAUAACUCUGGGAAAGGGAUUAGUCCACACUGAGGGAAGGGCACUGUGGCAGCUUGUGUUCCUUGUAGAACACCUAAAAGGAAGGUGGACCAGUCCAGACUGGAGUGACAGCGUGGGAUACCACUAGCUUCUGCCCAGUCUUUGUAUGUGAUCGAGGGCUCAGUGUGCUGGCAGCCGCAGGUCCUUCCCCUGGGUGUGGUGGGCUGAGCACAUCUUACAGGUCCCUAGCACCUAGGACAGCAUCCAACAUGGGCCUGAUAAUUGGAUGUUGUUUCCUUUUCUGUUGAUGUGGUAAAGACACUCCUGAUCAAGAGCAACUCCAGGAGAGUUUACUUGACUACACUUCCAAGUCAUCCAUCUUUGAGGGAAUUCAGAGCAGGAACUCAAGGCAGGAGCCGUAGAAGAAGGCGCCCCUCCAUUAUCUUCAGGAAGAAUUUAUACCUGGUCUUGCACAGUGAGCUCUGGAGGGCAUAAGUAACUAUGGCUUUGGUCUCAGUGUUUCCAAGGGUGGUCUCAAACUCAUGGGUUCAAGUGGUCUUGCCACCCAGCCCCUCUGAGUAGCUGGCACUGCAGGUGCCUAAGAACCAGACCCGUGCAGAGAGUGGGGCUGCGCACCUGUGAUCCCAGCAUUUGGGAGGUCUGGGCAGGAGGAUUACUAGUUUGAGGCCAGGCUGCGCUACAUAGUAAAACCCUGUCUUAGGAUAGUAAGACCCUGGGCAUGGUGGCUCCCACCUGUGAUCCCCAGCCCUUGGCAGAUUGAAGCAGAGGGGUUAGAGGCUAGCCUGGGUUACAUAGUGAUGAGUUCCAGACAAGACUGAGCUAGGCUGCGACCCUGUCUCAAAAGGCAAGACUAGCCCCCCGCCCUCCCCUGGCUUCCUGUUGUACCUUCCUCCAAGAUACCUUCCAUGAGGUCCCACCAGACAUGAGCAGAAGCAGGUGAUGUUUUCCUGAAACUCCAGAAUGAUGAGCUAAAUAAAAACAUUUUUAAAAAUCCAGCCUUCUGGGGGCUGGAGAGAUGGCUCAGAGGUUAAGAGCAUUACCUGCUCUUCCAAAGAUCCUGAGUUCAAUUCCCAGCAACCACAUGGUGGCUCACAACCAUCUGUAAUGAGGUCUGGUGUCCUCUUCUGGCCAGCAGGC